GAAGAUGAAGAAGUUGUGGGUUAGUGUGAACAAUAUGACAAAAUGCAAUAACUUAUAGUCUAGUCCAAAGUUUCUGUGGAAUGUGAAGAUUAUAAAUAGAUUCAGCGCCUAACACCACAUUUGCUUCAUCUGAUCUCUUCUUCCUUUUUGUUUCUAACCUUCUACUUCCCAUGAUGAGCUCAAAGGCUGCAGCCAUAGUCAUCACUCCUUCCGGCGACAAUAGAGACAUGGAAAUGCCCAACCAAGCUAAACCCUCCAAGGGAGGCUGGAAAUCUGCCAUUUUCAUCAUCUUUGUGGAAAUGGCGGAGCGGUUUGCGUACUACGGCGUGUCGGGGAACCUAAUUAUGUACCUUACCGGUGUACUCGGCCAGACUACUUCUACUGCAGCAAAGAACGUGAAUGUAUGGCGUGGGGUCUCUGCAAUUUUCCCUUUGUUGGGUGCUUUCGUGGCUGAUUCCUACCUAGGCCGUUUCAAGACCAUCCUUCUGUCAUCCAUCAUUUAUCUCUUAGGCCUUGUUCUGUUGACUGUAUCAGUCACCACCACAUCAUUGCAACAUUGCCAAGCAGUUUUCUUCAUAGCCCUUUACAUACUGAGCGUUGGGGAAGGUGGCCACAAGCCAUGCGUCCAAACAUUUGCUGCAGACCAAUUCGACGAAAAUCUUCCCCAAGAGAAGGCGGCCAAGAGCUCGUUCUUCAAUUGGUGGUACUUGGGGAUAGUGUUCGGUGCCACCACCGCGAUACUGGUGGUGAUCUAUGUGCAAGACUACAUCGGGUGGGGAAUCGGGUAUGGCAUGCCAGCAGCAGUGGUGGCGGCUGCGCUUGUGAUUUUUCUGCUGGGAAGUAGGACUUAUCGGCAGGAGGCUCCAGUUGGGAGCCCGUUUACGAGGGUGGCUCAAGUGUUCCUUGCGGCGGCUAGGAAGUGGCGCGUGAGUGAGACGCGCCAAAAUCAUGGUGUUUGCCAUGAGGACACUAGCAGUGGAGAUACAGGAGGUCAAAUGAAGGGCGGCACUUUGGCAAGAACCAAUCAAUUCAGGUUUUUGGACAAGGCUACGAUCAUUGAUGAGAUAGAUAAAACAAGCAAAACCAGAAACCCAUGGAGGCUUUGUUCAGUGAAUCAAGUUGAAGAGGUAAAGCUUCUCCUAAGGCUAUUCCCCGUAUGGCUAAGUUGCUUGACAUUUGCUCUAGUAAUAGCACAACUCAGUACCUAUUUCACCAAACAAGGCAGCACAAUGGUCAGAACAAUUGGACCCUCAUAUUUCCUAGUACCCGCGGCAUCCCUCCAAGUGUGCACCGGCCUCACAAUCCUCACUGCUGUCCCACUCUACGAUCGGGUACUCGUUCCAGUUGCCAGAAAAAUCACCGGUCACCAAUCCGGUAUAACCAUGCUACAAAGAAUCGGGACUGGAAUUUUCCUGUCGACGCUUACUAUGGUAGUAUCAGCUCUAGUUGAGGCUAAAAGGGUCAAAAUCGCAAUCGACCACAAUCUCCUAAAUGCACCGAAAUCAGUGGUCCCCAUGAGGGUUUGGUGGUUACUCCCACAAUACAUUCUCUGUGGGCUAUCGGAUGUUUUCACCAUCGUUGGACUCCAGGAGCUGUUCUAUGACCAGAUGCCUGAAGGGAUGAGGAGCGUGGGAGCCGCUGCCCACAUUAGCAUCGUGGGCAUGGGGAGCUUCUUGAGCAGUGCUGUCAUAUCCAUUGUGGAGGCAAUUAGUGCAAGACUUGGCAACGAGUGGUUGGUUACCGACAAUCUAAAUCGGGCGCACCUCGACUACUUCUACUGGGUCCUGGCAGGGUUGAGUGCUUUGAAUUUUUGUGUCUACGUGUUGGUUGCCAAGGGUUUUGUGUACAAGAAGACUGAGAGUGAUGGUCCAACCAAAGGGGUGGAGCUUAUGUCUAAGGAGGCCCCCAUUGUCUAAUGGAUAGUGCAUUAUCAGCUUGCAUGCUUAGGUGGAUCUACUAAGAGUACCAGUAAUGUGUCUUAUGGAGUUGUUAUCAAUCAGGUGAAGUGCUCAAAUUGAAACCCCAAAAGUUGAGCACAGCUAGUACUAGAUUGAGGAAUCUGCAAUCAUAUUGUCAAGCUCAAUGUCUUAUGCCCUGUCCAUCUUUUCUUUUCUUUUCUUUCCUUUCAAUGUGUGAAUCAAGACUCUGUUGGUACUGAAGAUGAUUUUCAA